UUGAACGCAACGGGGCUUUGGGAAUCGUGCGUGCACGCAAAAAGCUAAGCAAAAAAAAAAGAAAAAUUUCAAAUUGCAAGCAUAACGCUGAGUAAAAAGAAAUGUGCGCAAAAAUAGUGUAAAAAUAUAAAAGCCAAAAGCAGCACACAGAAAAAAAUGUGCGGGCAGCGUGAAAAAAGCUAAAAGGAGAGCAGCAAGUGGAGCAAAAUGUAAACUACACACGCACACUCACACAGAUCACAUAUGUAAGUUGUUUGCAGUGCUGCAGCGCAAAGUCACAUAACAUUUUUAAUAUUCGCCGGCGUGAACAAUAAUGCAAAAAUGACAGCAAUACGGUUAAGCAAUAAACAAAUGAGUGGCAAACGGCUCUAAAUGACUACAACAACAGCAACCGGAACAACAACAAUAGCAAGAUAAUAAUAAGCCUACCAGGAAGCAAGCUGCCGUUGAGUGUGAAAGCUUUAACUAGAACUAAGUCGAAAAGAGCCAAAUUACUAAUUUUCAAGAUUGCGUGUAAGGAGUUCACAGAGUGUGCUAGAAAUAUAAAUACAAAAAGAGAGAGAGAUAGAGAGAGAGAGAAGCCUCCAUUGACCGUUGACUACCUCCAAGUCGCCCCCGUCCCAUCGCGCAUCCGUUUUGGGACACUGAAACAUUCCACCACACAGUAUGGCCUCGGUCGCCGCUUGGCUGCCCUUUGCACGGGCGGCGGCCAUCGGUUGGGUGCCGAUAGCUACGCAUCCAUUGCCACCUCCUCCGGUGCCCAAGGAUCGUCGCAAAACGGACGAUGAGAAGCUGCUGAUAAACGUAUCCGGCCGUCGCUUCGAGACCUGGCGGAACACUCUCGAGAAAUAUCCGGACACGCUGCUUGGCUCGAAUGAGCGCGAGUUUUUCUACGACGAGGAUUGCAAAGAAUAUUUCUUUGAUCGGGAUCCGGACAUAUUUCGGCACAUACUCAACUAUUAUCGCACUGGUAAAUUGCAUUAUCCGAAACAUGAAUGCCUCACCAGCUACGACGAGGAGUUGGCCUUCUUUGGCAUCCUGCCGGAUGUGAUCGGCGAUUGCUGCUAUGAGGACUACCGCGAUCGCAAGCGCGAGAAUGCCGAACGCCUCAUGGACGACAAGCUGUCGGAGAAUGGCGAUCAGAAUCUGCAACAGCUAACCAACAUACGUCAGAAGAUGUGGCGUGCCUUCGAGAAUCCGCACACAUCCACCAGUGCCCUGGUCUUCUACUAUGUCACCGGCUUCUUUAUAGCCGUCUCCGUCAUGGCCAACGUUGUGGAGACGGUGCCUUGCGGCCAUCGGCCCGGACGAGCCGGCACUCUGCCCUGCGGCGAACGCUACAAAAUCGUGUUCUUCUGCCUGGACACCGCCUGCGUGAUGAUCUUCACCGCCGAGUAUCUGCUCCGUCUGUUCGCGGCGCCCGAUCGCUGUAAGUUCGUGCGCAGCGUGAUGAGCAUCAUCGAUGUGGUUGCCAUCAUGCCCUACUACAUUGGCCUGGGCAUCACAGACAACGACGAUGUCAGCGGCGCCUUUGUCACGUUGCGUGUCUUCCGCGUCUUUCGCAUCUUCAAAUUCUCCCGGCACUCGCAGGGUCUGCGCAUUCUCGGCUAUACGCUCAAGUCGUGCGCCAGUGAGUUAGGCUUUUUGGUCUUCUCGCUGGCCAUGGCGAUCAUCAUAUUUGCCACGGUCAUGUUCUAUGCCGAGAAAAAUGUCAAUGGCACCAAUUUCACAUCGAUACCGGCGGCCUUCUGGUACACCAUUGUCACAAUGACGACCUUGGGCUACGGUGACAUGGUGCCGGAGACAAUAGCUGGCAAAAUAGUUGGAGGUGUUUGCUCGCUCAGCGGAGUGCUGGUCAUCGCCUUACCUGUACCUGUUAUUGUAUCGAACUUUAGUAGAAUAUAUCAUCAGAAUCAGCGUGCGGAUAAGCGCAAGGCACAGCGGAAAGCUCGGCUCGCGCGCAUCCGUAUUGCGAAGGCUUCGUCGGGAGCGGCGUUUGUCAACAAGAAAAAGGCGGCGGAGGCGCGCUGGGCAGCGCAGGAGUCGGGCAUUGAGCUGGACGAUAAUUAUAGGGAUGAGGAUAUCUUUGAGCUGCAGCAUCAUCAUCUGCUGCGGUGUCUCGAAAAGACAACGGAUCGUGAAUUUGUCGAGUUAGAAAUUGCAUAUAAUGGCCAGUCAAAGCGACCGGGCUCGCCCUCGCCGAUGGCUAGUCCCGCCCACUCGACAAACAGCGCUGCGGGUCUAUUGCAAUCAUGCUGUGGACGCUGUUGCUCCCAGCGUUAUCAGGCCUGCGGAAAGUAUAUGCCAGCAGCCAGUAAUGCUCAAAAUAGCCAAAACAAUCAGCCAAUGGAUGGCACCUACCUGGUGGAGGCAUCCUUCUGAGCCAGCGUCGGAGAUGAUGUGGGGAUAGUGCUGAAGAAGCUGAUUUAAGUUUAUAUUUAGUCUAACUUGAAAAGUUUUUAAAUUGAAUUGAAUUUAUUGUAGACAAAGAAUUCUAAACAAAACAACUGUAAUCUAACAAACAAAAAUCUCUAAAAUCUGAUUUUCGAGUUAAAUGCAAAAUAUUUUAAUUAAAUUUUGCAAAAACACCAAAUCGCAAACUUCUGAAUGUGUAAAAUGUAAUAGCAAUACACACAGGAUCAAUAGAUAAGCUGCACAUUAACAACAAUGGGUAAAUAUAUAGCGCAUAUAUAGAAAGGUGGAAAAUACAGAAUAAAAAUCCCAACACUUACGAAUUGCGAUGAGGCAAAGUCGGAUUUGAUUAGCGAGACCCCGCUAAUAAACUUAAAAAUUAAUAUUUAACACUAUUUACUUUACAUAGGUGACAAAACGACGACAACAACAACAACAAAUAAAAAAUAAAUAAAAACACCAACAACAGAAACAGAAGCAUUUUAGAGGAAUUUACUGUGUAUGUUUUUAAGCGGGCAUUAAUACAAAAUAAUAGGAUUGCAAAUAGAUUAAAAAAUUCAGAAUAACAAUUGUUAUGUACUUACUCACUCAAGCAAGUUGCAUUGGGUCCAAAAAAAAAAAGAAAAAAUGAAAAAUAAACGAAUUAAAAAGAAGAAAAGCCACAGCCAUCGUGGGCAAACGAUUUGAGUAGCGGUAAGCCGAAAAGAACUAUUUGAAUAUUUAAAAAAAAAUUAAGAAAACAAAUCGAAUGAAACAAAA